UUAGUAUACUUUCAUUUGCCGAUAGUGGUGGUUAUGUUUUCGUUUAUAUAAUCCACGCUUGUGCAACAAUAAAUUUGCUACAAAAUCAAACGCCAGUUAAGCUACAAGUACAAAAUAGUAACAGCAUCUUCUCUAGAAAUGGGUUUACUAUCAUUAUUGCGAAAACUACGUCCUAGCCCCGACAAAGAAGCCAGAAUACUGUUACUUGGCCUAGAUAAUGCUGGCAAGACGACAAUUUUAAAGCAAUUGGCAUCUGAAGAUAUUGCAACGGUCACACCAACCGCCGGUUUCAACAUUAAAUCCGUAGCGGCCGAUGGUUUCAAGCUUAAUGUCUGGGAUAUUGGUGGUCAGUGGAAAAUACGGCCUUACUGGAAAAACUACUUUGCGAACACGGACGUAUUGAUUUAUGUAAUUGAUUGUACCGAUCGCGAACGUUUAGCCGAAACUAACCGUGAGCUCUUCGAAUUGCUUAUGGACAAUCGCUUAAAGCAGGUGCCAUUGUUGGUGUUUGCCAAUAAACAGGAUUUACCAAAUGCCUUGACCGCUUCUGAGGUAGCCGAAGCGGCGCAAUUGGUGCGUUUAGAGGAGCGCACCUGGCAGAUAGUCGGCUGCUCAGCUGUUGCUGGUACUGGCAUUAAAGAAGGCAUGGAUUGGGUGUGCAAGAAUAUGAAGAAAUGAGCAAGUUACUGCAGUUUCUCACUCACAAGUGCUAUUAAAUCGCUUUUAAGCUACAACAACAACAACAGCAAGUUAAAGCAAACAAUGGCAAUCGCGUUGCACUCGUUGUAGUUGCUCUACGCAUGUAAUUAGUAAAGUAAUAUGUAUGUAGUUGAUAAUUUUAAUAGUUAGGUUAUAUUUAUUUGAUUUAUAAACACUCAACACUGAACACCGAUUCAUGUGGUUCGUUACCAAAUGUAUGAACAAUAUAAUAUUAAACUCAAGUACCAUAAUCUAUUGUGUAAGUGAAAUUCCCCUUUCGAGCUAAUAAAAUGCAAUAUAAUUACUAGGAAAUCACUAAAGAUUUUUCUAAUUAAGUCUCAAGUGAUUUUAUAGUUAUUAUUUAUGAUUUAUUUUGUUUUUUGUGCAGAGUGUGCUGAUAUUAAAAACUAUAAUUUUAGUGAAAGAUUUACUGAAUUUUACAAAGAACAAGCAUUUUUAUGUGUUGUGAUAAUUAAUAUUAAUUACUAUAAAAAAUAAAUUUCAACAUUUUUUUUGCCAAUUGGACUAAGACAUAUUAAUAUAGCACCCUCUUGACGUUUACGCACUAACGGUACGCACUGCCAGGCGCUAACGGUACGUAACUGAUACUUGCAUGGAUUAAUGGCCAACCAUUAAGAAUUGCAUGUUGCUAAAACAUCAAUAACUGUUUUUUUUAUUCACCGCUUAUGCAAACCAUAAGUGAAAAAGGGUGUUUCACAAACCUCUGAAGUCGAAACAAAUACAUUUUUCAAAUCUUUUUCAUGUUUAUUAUUUUUAUCUUAAUAACGUCUAAAUGUUAUUUAUAAAGUACAUACAGCUAAAGACUAACUAAACUUAAUUUAAAAUAAGCAGCCGUGAUCCGCUCGCAUAACGAUGAUCACCGCCUUGUAGAUCAACAUCACAUCCACAGCUUGUUAUUGUUGUGUUUUUUUUACCCAAUACAAAUUCUACCCAGAAGU